AGGGGAAGGAAGCCUCUCGCUGGGAGCUGGACGAAGGGAAAGAAGGCAGAAGCCAAGCCUAAGCGACUCCAAGGGGACCGCGGGAGUCCGGGAGGAGGAGAGCAAGCGCGGGAGCCCAGACGCGCGGCGGCGGCGGCGCGCCUCAGCCCUCGGAGCGCCUCGACGCUCGGAGCGCCGUCUUCCACCCCCUCGGCGCCCCUCCUUCGCCCUUCAAGGCCCGGGCCAGGGACCGCCCUCCGUUCCUUCCUCCUCCCCUUCACUCGGAGCCUCGCGUUUUGCGCCUUAGCCUGCCCGCCACGGAGACGAAGAAGACGAAGAAGGCCGAGGCUGGCUCUUCACGCGUUCCUUCCAAAUUUCCUCGCUUGUUGUUUUUUAUUUGUCCCCCACCCACCCGCCGUUCCUUUCUUUUGCUCUCCUCAAGGGUGUCUGGCCCGCUCCCAGCAGAAGAUGGCCGGGCUCAACAGCAAGACUAGCGCAGCCGAGACGCCGGGACGCAGCGGCCGAGGGGUCGUGAUUUCAGAUGAUUGGCCAGGCUACAGUUUGGAUUUGUUUUCUUAUCCACAGCAUUACUGUGGGGAUCUCGACUAUGUGCUCAUACCACAUGGCAUCAUUGUUGACAGGAUAGAACGUUUGGCCAAAGAUAUCAUGCAAGACAUUGGAUACAAUGACAUUGUGGUUCUCUGUGUACUUAAAGGUGGCUACAAAUUCUGUGCUGAUCUUGUGGAACAUAUUAAGAACCUCAGUAGAAAUUCAGAAAAGUUCAUCUCCAUGAAAGUUGAUUUUGUCAGACUGAAAAGUUAUUGUAAUGACCAAUCCACACAAGACACCCAGAUCAUAGGUGGAGAUGAUUUUUCAAAGCUGGCUGGAAAGAAUGUAUUAAUUGUGGAGGAUAUCAUUGGAACUGGUCGGACAAUGAGAGCUCUCCUUGACUACAUUGAAAAAUGCAAGCCCAGAAUGGUUAAGGUGGCAAGUUUGCUGCUGAAAAGAACAUCUCAACCUGUUGGGUACAGACCUGACUAUUAUGGAUUUGAAAUUCCAGAUUUAUUUGUGGUGGGCUAUGCCUUAGACUACAAUGAAUACUUCAGAGAUCUGAAUCACAUAUGUGUGAUCAAUAAUCAUGGGAAAGCCAAAUACAGAAUCUAACAUAUAACUGAAGUGGAAGACUGACAUUCCUCUGGAAACAUUCCCUGACAUCUGAUUCAAAUGACAACCACCUCCUUCGGACGGGACUAACAAGUGACAACAUUCCAAUGUGGACCUCCUUGGACUCUUGUCAUAGAUUGCUUCCCUCAUUCCCUUGAGACUUUCUAAAGGUAAUCAGAAGAUGCUGAAGCCAGAGAAGUCCAAACCUUUCUUCUAACAAUAAUGUUUCACAUACAAAGUGAGCUGAAGUUCUUUUUAAUACCAUGAUCCCCAUAUGUGAACAACCAGUGAGUACAAAUACAUUAUAUACAAAAUCAUCUCAUAACCAUAUGUGGUGUUGUAGGGCUGCCAUAGGAUUUGGUGAAUUCUGGUGGUACCAGUUAUUGCUUCUGUCUCUUUCAAAUAACAUGUCUGGACCUUCAUUUGAGCCCUUCUUAGCAAUCCUGUGAAGCAGAUUUAAGCAGAGAGAGAGGGAGAGAAGGAGUGCGGGAGAGAGAGACUGACCAGCACAAGACACCCAGAAAGUGUCACUGCUGAGUGCAAUGUAGUUUUUGUGUGGGCCCACUACUUACUGUACACACACACACACACGCACGCAUGGGCAUGCUCGCUUACAUGUAUACAUGUUGGAUGAAAAACAGUGAAUUGCGACUCCUGGAAGUCUCCAGAAAUGGUGAUACUAAAUGAGUUUCAGGCCACUGUGGACCUUUUUGAGCCUUUAAAACCUUUUUUUCCCUUUCCUCCAAAUCCAGAAGUAGAGGGGCAUUGUGUUUUUUUUUUUCAUUUGGGCAAGACCUGUGUGGUCUCAGGAAGUAGGCCCCCUCCAGAUUCUCAGCACAUGAACAUCCCUUGAAUCAGUGGAACGAUUUCUUUCCUCCUGCCUCUACAAAUGGAGAAGAAUCAGCUCAAAGACCUUGGGCAAGUAGUUGCCUUUUCUGUUUUUUAAGUGGUGCUUGGAUUUUUCCCUCCACUGAGGAUUUUCCCGCCUCUCAAUUGGACUGUCUUCACGGGAUUACUGAAGGAAAGGAUGAAUUAUGAAAGCAAACGACGUGCAAAUAGCAGAAAAAUAGAAGUCAACUAUAUCAGCAGUGCAUUGUUCCCCAGCUCCUUCAAUUCUUGAAGAUUUCAUUGUUGACUGUGGAUUUGAACCCAGGUAUUCCCAGUUUGAGUUGUUUGCUUUAAUCUUGAUUGGGGAACCUUAGGCUAUAGGGUCUAUUCUUGCCCUUCUGCAUUACCCCCAUAACAUUAUCAUAUUGCAGUUUCACAAUUUUUAUUUAUUUUUCUUCAUUCUGAAAGAUUGAAAUUCCUCCUCAUAAAGCUUAGGGUCAGGUCACAUAUAUAGGACAGGCAUGCAUUUCUUCUUAUAAUAUUAGUUAUGUCUACAGGUAUGCAAAUCUUUCUGUAUUACAUGUCUGAGUUAUCAGAUGUACAAAUGAAGCCAUGCUAUCUUCAAAACAACUAGUUACAAAACAGCUUAAGCCUUAAUGCUUUUUAGAUAUGGAACUGGCAUUUCAUCUAGUGAAGUCCUUAAUUACUGAUAGGAUGAGCUGUAAGCUAGAAUAUACUGGUUGGUCCUGCCCUCUACAAAAACAAAGCCACCCUGGGAAUGUCUAGGAAACUGGAUCUAGUCCUAGGCUGAAAAAGGUUCCCUACCCUUGCUCUAACCACUGCUCCAAGCCACUUCUGUUCUUCUUUUUUAUUUUGGUGCUUUGAUUCUCCUGUAGCAUUACCAUGAUAGAGAGUCCUACCUGACAGUCUAUAGCUGUGAGCCCUGCUAAAUGUAUUAUUAAAUAGUCAUUAAGUAAGUAUAGAGUGGAUACAGUAUUGAACAAGCCUAUUGCAGAAUGGGAAGCUGUAAAGUUACUUUUUUAUGAUUAUGAUUCGCAGAAUCCCCCAGCCAACAUGGGCCACCUGGCUGGGAUAUUUUGGAAGUUGCAGUUUAAAAAAAAAACACUAGCUGUUCUCUUCUCUGUGAAAACAGGAGACACGGUCCUUAUGUCUGUGAGAAAAUAAGGUGACGAUGAAAUUCCUAACUAGGAAAUGCCUCUGGAAUGGUUAAAUGUGGCCUGUAGCCACAGUUUGGUCUAGUAGAGCAUUUUUUUUUUUUGUUAGCUCACACAGCCAAAUCCUCUUGAUGUCCACAUACUGUCCAUGGAGGCAACUGGAAAUAAGCAUAAAGCUAAAAAAAAAAA